ACCUGAAAGCAAUCCUCCUGGAAACCACUCCCACCGGUUCAAUGCAAAUAAGCUGAUCUUCUGUGUCAACAGCCGUCAACACAGACGCCAUCGUUCCCGUUGUGCUAAAGCAAGAGAGACUCAAAUCAAAGGCUCAAGGCAAUCCACGAUGGACUCCAGGUCUCGCAGACUUCCUUUUUGUCUGCCCAGCUCAAGGUCGUCCUACACAUCCAGUCCGACAGUCUCCCCCUCAUUACUGGGCUCCAGUAGGUUGUACAGUCGGGAGACGGUGCUGAAUAAUGACCGCUUCCCUAGAGCAUCAUCAGCUUACAAAGCAGACCUGGACCAACAGAAUUCUCGUCUCCUGAGCUCGUCCAGAGACUACAGCAGCUCUGACAGUCGCUCCACCAGCUGGAAGUUGCCCACUUCUCUGACGUCCUCCAGCAGAUCUUAUGAUCGCCCAUGGGCUGAAUCCUCUCUGAGCAGCAGGAGCAAACUGGGUGAUUCUGAGGGGAGGCUGGGGAUGCGCUCCGGUCUGGUGAACUCCAGUGGUGAUGGCGAUUCUAAAAGGGCCAAAUUGUCAUACAGCAACAGAGGACUCUACUCAACAACGGCCAGCACCUCAGUUACAGGAUCCACCUAUUCCAGUAAUGGGCUCAGCAGUGGCAGAGGUAAAGGUGAAAAACAAAAUGAGAUGUUUGAUUCGUCAUGGGGCUCAUGCCGUUUACUCUCACGGUCAUCGUCUUCCUCCUCGAAGCCGCUGUUGUCCAGGAGAGAGCAGGAGACAAAGAAUGAGCCCAGUCUCUCAGGUUUGGGAGAAAGAAGUAUUAGGACUCCUGGAGUGGCUUCCUCGUUGUAUCAGACAGACAGGGUGACUUCCACGUAUGCACAGGGAGCUCGGCCCAAAGAGACUGCCUACUCUUCCUCUCCUUCGUACACCACCGCUAGAGAGAGCUCCCUAAAUCGCCACCUCUCAUCUUCAACCUCCCAACGGUCUUCUCCUCUGAUGCGCAACUUGAGCGGCAGAACCACAGCCCGUUUCUUGAAUGGCUCAUCCACCCUCAACUCCUCUCAGGAACAAACAGGAAACCCUGAAUCCUCCUCAGAUAUCGCCUCCUCUUACUCCUCCCACACCCCCUGGUACACCACUCCCCUGGCAAGACCAGAGGCCACGCUCCCUCCAAGGCCGGCCCCCAAUGGCGGAGAGCCAGAGGGCCGUCGCUCCACACGACGCCUUUUGUCCCGUCUAUUUUCACGGCGCUCCAGCCAAGACUCUUCUAGCGGAUCUUCCAGUGUUCGCUCUCUUGACGAUGACAGUCCAUCAACCGGUGGAGAGUCUGUGGACAGUGACGAGGGAGCCAGGAUGUCUAGCGUGGACCCUGACGCUGGAGGGUCAGAGACGACCUUGGGUAGCCUCAGGAAUCGCAGAGCAGACCUCGCCCCUAUCCAGGAAAACAACAGCGCUGGCUAUCAUAGUGGCUUGGCUCGAUCCAGAAUGGCAUCGUGGAGAGAGCCUGUUGCUAGCAGUAGUAAUAACACCAGCAGUGGAGGAGGCAACAGCUCCUCUUGGCUCUCCUCCUCUCUCCGUGGCCGCUGCCCUCCCCUACUCUCUCGCCUCAGAAGACAUGCAAGGGACGAGAGUGCACACUCGGCUGCAGGCUUAGAAGAAGGCUACAGCCGUCCACAGCAUUUACUGAGAAGGUGGGAUGACCUUGAGCAUAAAGCAUCACAGGAUGAUGAUGAGGAGGAGGAGGACGUGGAGGAGGAUGAGGAGGAGGAGGAGAAUGAAGAAGAGGAAGGAGCAGUUGGUUUAGAGGCCUUUGGAGCAGGUCGUCCCUGCAGACUCGAGGAUGAAACAUUACCUGAACUUGAAGAUGUCUCGGUUGAAUUUUCGCCACGCCGCAGAGUGGCAGUAUAUGAAAACCUUUCGGUUCCUAUGGGUCCAUUGAGUGGCGUUGAGAGCCAGCUGGACAGCCAGAGGGAAAAGCCCAUUUCCAGUAGGGAUCAAGAGAAGCUGCGCAAGAUCAAGGAGAGACUGCUUCUGGAGGAUUCUGACGAGGAAGAAGGCGACCUGUGCCGAAUCUGCCAGAUGGGGGAGGAAUCGGCCUCCAACCCCUUGAUUCAGCCUUGCCGCUGUACCGGCAGUCUGCAAUACGUCCACCAGGAUUGCAUCAAGAGGUGGCUUCGCUCCAAAAUUGGCUCAGGCACAAACCUUGAGGCCAUCACAACAUGUGAACUUUGCAAGGAGAAGCUGCGCUUAAACAUAGACAACUUUGACAUUCAGGAGUUAUACAGGACACAUGUGCAAUCAGAAUAUGAUGAGUUCAUCAGCAGCGGUCUUUAUCUGGUGGUGCUGCUGCAUUUCUGUGAGCAGAGGUUCUCUGAUGUCCUGGGAGCUGUUGAUGCAGCUGGGUUAUUCAACCUGGUGAGAAUCCUUCAUGAACACAUGGACAAUCUUGAAAUUCCCCACGGGGACAGUGACGAGGAUGUGCGAGACAACAGGCCAUCUAUUGAGUUCUCUGACCUGGACGACGAUCUUGAAGAGGAGUACUAAUUAUGUGAAUGCGGUGGAAUGAGGGUUAAAAAAAAAAAAAAAGAAAAAAGUGGGUCAGGUUUAUCUUAAGUUGCAGGGCUAUUCCAUGCCAUAUGGUACCUCACCCAGUUUUCACACAUGCUUUGACAUCAUGUUCAUCUGAAGUGCAAGUGAGAAAUGCCAAGAGCACAGAAUAUGUCUUGCCUUUGAUGCAGGUGGCUUUUGCAAAUAUGCAAACUUGAAAUGAAGUAGUGCUUAAAAAAUUUUGACACCACUGUAUUUCAGUUUCUAUGAGAGUGCACUUUAUUCAAUCAUAAUUAAAUAUAAAUGCAAGUCUUUUUUUUUUUUUUUUUUUUUUCUUAACUGUUAUACCACAAGUGCUUUAAUGUUCAAAUAAGGCAGAAAUAGAACAGAAGGACAACAGUGACAAGUGUUGACUUAAGGUUUGAUGGGAAGACGAAUGCUUUUGAGACAGAACAGAAAAGGUUGCGAUUAUUCCUUUUGCCAUCUGUUUUCCUCUGAUUUUUUCCACCGAGAAUACAUUUUAAAAAGAAAAAACUUGCACAUCAACAAAUUUUCCUCAUCUUUGUUUCAGUGUUUGAAAUGCUUUAUGUAUCUACAAAUCUAGUUUCAUGCUUUUAAUUUUGUGAAUAAAGAUUGAAUGCAGACUGCC